AUGGCUUCUUCUAAUUCUUCUGGCACUACUGAAGGAAGUAAUCAAUUGAAAAAUGAACAUAUUAAUAAAACAGUAAAGAAAGAUGUUGAUAAAGUCGUUGAUAAAUACGACAUUCAAGAUAUUGCUAGCCAAUGUAAUGCAUCACAAAAUAAGACUGUAUCUUAUUGUCGAUGUUGGAAAUCAAAAAAAUUUCCAUUAUGCGAUGGCUCACACAAUACUUGGAACAAAGAAACAGGUGACAAUAUAGGUCCACUUGUUAUUACCAAUAAUAAUGAAUCAAAUAAAUAA